AUGCAUUUAUUUAUUUCAGAGUCAAGCAUGAUGCCGUCUUUUUCAUUCCCAGCGUUUCUGCUUUUGGCACCCUUGUUGUUGAAGGGUCUCUGUGUCAGUGGCUCCCCGGGCUGCGCGUCCUGUGGCUUGCCGGCCAUGGAGAAAGACGCAGAGCAAAGGCUGAUGAUAGAAAUCGCCAAGCAGCAACUUCUGGACAAGCUGCACCUGAAAGAGAGACCAAACAUCACUCAGACGGUGCCCCGGGUGGCGCUCCUCACAGCGCUGCGCAAACUGCAUUCGGGGCGCGUCAGACAGGAUGGUACUCUUGAACUAGAAAACAACAUACCUACCAAAGAUCAAGGCUAUGAAAUAGUGAGCUUUGCAGAUAUAAAUGAGACAGAGAAUGGUGAUAAGGCCAACCUCAGUCUUACCUUCCAGUUUCUGCAAGAACGUGGCCAGAGUAUCCAGGUCCUCCAGUCUUCUCUGUGGGUCUAUGCUCGCUCCUCUGAGGACCCUCACAGAGACUCCCGCCUCUCUGCCCGGGUUUUCCUCUCUGCAGAUGAUCGGGUGUCAGGCACAAACCGCACCCUGGUGAUAGAAAAGAUGCUGGAGGUCCAGGAGAGUAACUGGCACACUUUCCCCAUCACCCGCACCAUGCAGGCCUUCCUGGAUGGUGGCCAGCACCGGCUGCGGCUGGAGGUCAGCUGCUAUGAGGAUGGGAAGAACCUUUGCUCCCUGGGUGGCUCUGCUAGCUCCCCCAACCAGCCCUUCCUGGUGGCCCAGGUACGUCUCCGUGAUGACAACUCCAAACACUUAGUCAGGAAGCGCUCGUUACGUUGUGGUGAUGAUGUAACCGUGUGCUGCAAGAGAGACUUCUACAUCAAGUUCAAGGAUAUCCAGUGGCAUGACUGGAUCAUUGCACCUGAAGGCUACCAUAUGAACUACUGCAUGGGUCAGUGCCCCCAACAUCUGUCUGGCUCCCCAGGCAUAGCAUCCUCAUUCCAUGCCACUGUCUUCAGCCAGCUGAAAGUCAACGGCAUUAACACGGCUGCAGCUUCAUGUUGUGUUCCCACUGAGCGUCGGCCACUCUCUAUGGUGUACUUCAACUCUCAGCACAGCAUUGUCAAAACGGAUGUCCCUGAUAUGAUAGUAGAGUCCUGCGGAUGUACAUAAAGGACAGACUAUGAAAGACAUGGUAUAGUUAACACAGAUUUGUUUUAACACAGGAAACUUAAAAGAAUUAUGUGUGUAUUGUAGACAGACAGAAAGAUGCAAACACAUGAACACAGGAGAUGACAAUGGAAGUAUUUCUCUGUGUUUAGAUUACAUUAGGGAAAUAGCACAAAGAAAAAGAGAAUAUUAUAGGAUAAGCUAGUACUGCAGCACUCACGCAUAUUCUAACAAGAAUAUAUAAAAAAUUCAAGAUUUAAAUCGCUAGAUUUUUUUGUAUUAUAUAAUAUGAAAUCAUACUGUUUAUCACUCAUCAUUUAAUUCUAAAGUAUUGUAAUAUGCAGUAUGUAAAGAGCUAGUUGGAGAGAAAAUGUUGAGGGCCUAGAACCAGUUGAAAUAAGAUUAUACACUGAGUCUGAAUGCAGACACAUUUUUUCAUCCAUAUGUCAAGAAGCAUACAUUAAAGAGAGGAUAGAAACUGAGCAACCUUAAUAUAUGGCAGACUCAGCACAGAUAAGAAAGGUGUGCUAUUAAUGUAAAACAUUUAUAGUGGUGACAAGUAGAUCAGGCCAGGGCUGAUUGAAGUUUCGCUUAAAGACAUUUUUUAUGGAGGUCAUAACAAACGCAAAGAGAUUAAUCUGAAGCCUUCACAGUAGUGUACAUUUUAGAGCUGCGAUCUUUUUUCAUUUUCAUCAUGUAGGUUAUUUAUUUUGUAUUGCACAAUUUCUGCUGGGAUUCAGUUCAAAGUAAAAUGUUUUAUGGAUCUCAGGAAAUUGGGAGCAGAACUGUCAGCAUUUCUAGCUCUUUCAAAACAUGUUUCAUGUAAUAGUCACAGUGUCCACGUACAAUAUAUAUACUCUAAAUACUUUUAUACUAUUUUACUUUUAAUACUAUUUUACAGAACUGUUAUAUUUCCAUGGCUUAUCUGCACCUUUUCUUAGCCUAACUAAAUGUUGCCAUUUUAAUGUGAGGCAAUGAAAGAGAUCCUUGAUUUAAAGUGCCUUCUUCAUUAACUCGUGAUGACAAAGUGCAACUGAGUAUCAAGUCAUCUUGGUCUAAAUACCAAAGAAAAUCUAUUGAGUAUAUCACUUCUAUUUUUAUUCCAUUACUGACUAAUGGAGUCUUUUUAUGUGACAUAAUGUUUAUAUGGACACUUAUUUGUAUUCUGAUAAUAUGACAUUCUGUCUACGUCCAGCAAACAUUUUUUAUUUUAUUGUAAAGUUUUGGUAAAAAGCAGUUUUUAUUACAGUGCAAGAACACACUGAGCUGAAACAGUUUGAACAGGUACAAUCCGCCCUGAGUCUGAGUACAGCCGAUGCUGCAUGCAGGUUGAAAUAUGUUUGAUCAGCAUCUCCACUGUAUUAUUUACACAAGUCGGCUAAUCAGUUGGGUAACUAUGGCUCUGACAGUGUAUGAACACAAGGUCAUUCCUCAGCAGCGUCAGCAAACAUUUAGCUAUUGCUUCAGUGUCAGGUAAUGUGAAGGUCUGUGAGGAAGGUGGGUCAAUGAGCAUGUGCCAUUGCACGUUGGCAUUUAUAUCUCUCAAAGUCUAAAGUUUUCUGGUGGUGAUGUAAAAUUAGAAGCUAUCCAGCAAAAGGCAAUCUGAUAAUCAUUUCUGGGGAUUUGAAAACAUCUUCCUCGUACCCCAAUUGCACAAUAUAUAGUUCUAUAAUUUAUAAUUCUAACUUUGUUUUGAGUAUUUACAGUACUACGUCCAUACUGGGAAAAUGACAGAGUGAAGUAUUUUACUUUACCCACAGAUGGGGGAAAAAUGCAAACAAUGGUGCAACAGCUUGCAAAAUAAAGAAGCAUAGAAAUAAAUUAUUGGGAAAAUGCAUUAAUCCUGCCUUCUGUCAUUUCAUGUUAGAAAGAAUAAUAUAGUACAGUAAUUUCUUGUAUACCAACUAAAAAGUUGGGGUGUUUUGCCCAAAUAUUAUAACAAGAUUUUUUGUAAAAUUGUUGUCCAAAUAGCCCUGUUUUACCUCUUUCUAUUGCCUUUAAAAGCUGCACUUGUAUUAUUUCUUCAGAGUUCAAUCCUGUAUAAAACAAUUUUAACGCUAGAGUUUAUUGUUUAUUAUUUUAUCUUGUAAGCACCCCAUCCCAGGACUCAAUGUGACAUUGAGUGCCAUCAUAACAUAACUUACUAAGCACUUUAUCACCCUACUGUAUUUUUAGAGAAAAUUUAGCUUGAAGGGUCUACUACUUAUAACUCAGGUUGGCACAACCUAGAAAAUGUAAAUAGGCCUUCAGAUUGCAUGUGUUUGCAGAGCACACAGAUGAUACAGGAAUUUCUGUAUACUGUAACUGGUGGAAAGGAUUUGAAUUUUGUGUCAAUUUAAAGUUAUAAUUAUUGUUUUUAUUUUUAUAUCAUGCUAUAUUUAAUAAUUAUUUGUAAUAGCAACAGAAUGUAAAAUGUUUGUCAUAAUGUGCUGAAAUGAUGUGAUUGCAGUUUAAAUAUAUUUUUAAUAAAUAAAUAAAUACUUUAAAUCAA